AUCAACUUUGUAUUAAUUUGGAAAAGCUAGAAAAGGAACAACAAGGUUCUCGAAAAUCAAGAGGAAAAUUAGAAGCAGUAGCUAUGCUUCGUGAAUCAAAAUCGCCACAACCAAAUCUUAAUAACGAGGCCAACUCUCAUCUUAUCGCUCUUAUUAAAGAACUUUCUUCAGCCAAUAAUAAAUUAAAAUCUGAGAUUAGUGAAUAUCGUGACCUUCUUACAGAAUCUCGUAAUGAAGUGAGCAGUUUGCAAAAUCGAAUUGAAGAUUUCGAGACAGCAAGUGCAACAGGCUAUUUCCAUCCUAGUAGCUACGCUACGUCUGCAUUCCAGCCGCUUGCCAAUGAUGAAAUGGGUGAAAAUCAACCCAGUUCUAUUAACGCGUUUAUGGAAGAAAUUGGUGAUAUAUCUAAUAUUACACCUGAUACUGGUGAUAUGUCUAAUAUUAUACCUGGUACUGCCGCUCGUCCAAUUAUGUCACCCAAUCCUUCGUUUGCAAUCCCUGAAUUCGAUGAAAAAGCUGAAGAUCAACUGAAUGAUGAAAAUAUCGCUCAGACUGAUGCUAAACAAAAGAAAUACACUCGAUCCGAAGGCUAUGAAAGUGCAUCAGGUGCAUCAGAUCAAUGUUAUAAUAAUGAACCCAACGAAGAG